AUGUUAGAAAAAAAGUUUGCUGACAUUGACAAAAAAUUUGAGAAUGUUUUAAACAAGAACAAGAGGAAGUUGGAAAAUGCUCAGAUAAAACCCAUACAUGACAAGUUCUUAUUUGCUCAGAAUGGUAUAACAGGUCUAAUUGCACCACCUGGGUCGGGUAAGACUUUCACUUAUCUUAAAAUGGCUGCACAACAACAAGAACUAGAUGAGAAGAACCCAUUCUAUGAGUUAGUAGUCAUUUGUAGUACUUCUGGUCAAUUUGACCAAACCGUCAAUUCGUUCAAAGAUAUUAUAAAAAAGUCUAAGUUAGUAUGUAUAAAAGACUCUGAGUUGUUGGAUUGGAUAAAGAAGUACCAAAGAAGAGUUUUGAAGUACAAUGCUAUAAAUGAGUAUGUCAAUUCUAAGUUUAAAGACCCAAAUGAGGAAAUGCAGAGAAUAUUAGAGAAGAAACACUUCAGAAACAAACAGAAAGAGAUAGAAUACAUUUCGAAGAAAUUGCAAUCUUACGAUUGGAAGACUUACCCUCACAGAUGUCUUCUUAUCUUAGAUGACUUUGCUUCUCAUCCUUUGUUAAAGAACAGAGAACAAGACAUGUGUCGAAUUCUUAAGAAGCUCAGACACUUUAACAUCUCUGUU